CCGUUUCAGCCGGGAGAAAAGUCUUUACUUGUUUUCGCCUCGAUGUUCCCUGAGACAAAACAUGAUAUACCUCGCGACAAGUCAAUAUUUUGAAGUGUUCAUAUUGGUUCUAAUUGUCAUUAAUUGCAUUCUACUCACAUUUAAAAAUCCUCCAGAAGAAGUCGAAUAUCUUUUUGCUGGCCUUUACACGAUGGAGAUGAUUGUAAAGAUCAUCGCCAAAGGAUUUUGCCUUCACAAGUUCGCCUAUCUUCGAGAUCCAUGGAACUGGUUGGAUUUUAUUGUCGUUAACCUGGGGUAUCUUACUAUGGCUCCGAGUGUCGCAAAUCUUUCUGGGAUACGGACAUUUCGUGUGUUACGAGCUUUAAGAACAAUCUCCGUUGUCGAAGGUUUAAGAACAAUGGUUAACGCUUUCUUGAGAUCCAUGCGAAUGCUUACAGAUGUGUUGAUAUUGUCCUUAUUUUUCAUCUCGAUCUUUGCGCUCAUUGGAACGCAGCUCUUCGCUGGUGCUCUCAAGAACAAAUGUGUUUCCAUUCCGAAUAACAGCACUUUCAACUUCGAUGACAGCGUAAAGAAUAGAAGCAAUUGGCUUUUUGUAAAUGGAGAUCCGGUUAUCUGCGGUAAUGUCUCCACAGCAAGGUCAUGUCCUGUGAACUACACGUGCCUUCCUGACAUCGGCAAUAAUCCCAACUAUGGCUACACAAAUUUCGAUGCGUUCACGUGGUCUUUGCUCUCCACUGUACAGUUGGUCACAGCAGACUACUGGGAAAAUAUCUAUAAUCAUAUCAUUGCAUCUACUGGUUUUUGGUCGGUAUUUUAUUUUCUUAUGGUGAUAUUUUUUGGUUCAUUCUACCUUCUCAAUCUCAUUCUGGCAGUUGUAGCGCUAUCCUAUCAACAGGAAAUCACAAACAAGGAAUCUGGACAAAGUUUACGAGAAAUUUCUUCGUCGUAUUCCUUUCACAUGACUUUCAAACCUCAACCGCUUUAUCCAAACAUGGCAUCAAAAGUCCUGAUCAAUUGGUUCUCGUUUCAUUUUAACAAACGAACUUCACCCGAAUCUCCUCUGGAGGCCAUAUCUCCGGGACCUCAUUGUUCAAGCUCAUGUGAUUGCACUACUCAACUGGAACACGGUCGCACAACACGUGACACUACGACGUUGUCUUCCUUGCCUGAGACCUCAAGCAUGUCGACCUUGAACAGUGAAACUCAGGAAAUUUCUCAAUCAAGUUAUCAUGAAAACAUCAAAGAAACUUGCCCCGUACAAAGUAGUUAUGCAGUGAAAACCUAUUCAAACAUUCAAGCUCCUUUUAAUUUUCAAAAGUACAGGCAUUUCUCUCGAAAAUCUGUCCCAGCAGCCCUUGCGGAAGUUCCUCAUACCGUUGGCCUGAUAAUGCGCUCCUCUUAUUGCUUGUAUAUUUCGCCCAACACAUCAUUGAUACGACGCAAAUGUUUGAUGAUGGUCACUAGUCCCAUUUUUGAUUGGUUCGUUCUUGGCGUGAUACUUUUGAAUACGAUUGUGAUGGCCGUAGAGUAUCACGGUAUGGAUGAAACCUUCCUGAAUGUUUUGAACAUGAUCAAUAUGGUUUGUACAUUUGUAUUUAUCAUGGAAUUUGUAACGAAAGUGGCGGCUCUCUCCUUUCGAUGUUAUAUUAAAAGUCGGUGGAAUAUUCUGGACGGUUUUGUGGUCAUCGUUAGUCUUGUCGAACUGGCGAUAGUUUGGUUUGUACCCAAAAUAAGCUACGGCCUCGGGUUUGGAGUUUUCAGAACUUUAAGGCUGCUCCGCGUGCUAAAGUUGGCUCAAUCGUGGGUGACGAUGCGAGCGCUUCUCUCGAUAAUCAGUGCGAGUCUUGGUCAACUCGGCAAUCUCACGCUACUACUCAUGAUUGUCAUCUACACUUUUGCCGUUAUUGGUAUGCAGAUAUUUUCGGGAUGCUAUACGCCACAACAUUUCGAGCAGAGGGUCGUACCAAGAUGGAACUUCACCGAUUUUCUUCACUCCUUCAUGAUGAUAUUCCGUGUUCUUUGUGGGGAAUGGAUAGAACCUUUGAUAAUAACGAUGCAUCUGACCUCACCCGCCGCAAUCAUUUUCUAUUUUGCUGUCCUCAUCAUCGGAAACUUCCUGAUAUUGAAUCUGUUUUUGGCACUUUUACUGAGUUCCUUUUCCACGGAAUCACUUAAAAGCGACGAAUACAAACGACCCGAAAACACAACUUUCCCAUUGCGACGACUCGUAAAGAAAUACUUGAAUUUGUCACGUCUGUUUCCCUCCACAUAUGAAAGUGGAAAAACACGAAGACAAUCGACUUUCGAUAAGAUCGGCGUCAAACAAGACGACAAUCUCCACGAAAUACCAAAAACGAUUGACGUGCACCCGUCUGACCAAUCAAACAGAGAGAGGGAGUCAUGUGAUACACCACACACGCCAUCAAGUCGCUCAAGAGCCAAUUGCGAUGUUGAUUUGGCUGUGCCAGACUGUCUCCCACAACUCUGCCACAGUUGCCCGUGUUAUAAAAUAAAUCCCGAUUCAGUAGUUAAUAAAGCCAUCAUGUUAGGCCGUGCGAAAGUAUUGGCUGUCGUAGAAAAUAAACACUUUGAUACAUUUAUCCUCUUUAUUAUAUUCAUCAGCAGUGUGUCAUUGGCUUUUGAAGAUGUGCAUUUGGACUCUAGACCACGACUGAAAAAUAUUCUAAAGAUCCUCAACUACGUCACGACAAUCAUUUUUGUGUUAGAGUUCUGUCUAAAAAUCUUUGGUUUCGGUGUACUCCAGUACUUUCGUGACGUGUGGAAUUGCUUAGAUUUUUUCAUAGCUGCGAUAUCGAUAUGUAGUUUGAUUGGUAGUAACCUGUCAUCGUUUCGCGCGUUACGAACCUUGCGGGCAUUACGACCAUUGCGGGCUAUAUCCCGUUGGCAUGGAAUGAAGAUCGUAGUGAACUCUCUAUUCGCCGUCAUUCCAGAGAUUUUCAACGUAUGUCUCGUUUGUACUGUAUUCUGGCUCAUCUUUAGCGUUAUGGGUGUUCAAUUUUUCGGUGGAAGAUUUUACAAGUGCGUUGAUGAAAAUGGCGAGAAAUUGGCCGCCUCGAUCGUGACGGAUAAGACCAAAUGCCUUUCAAUGAACUACAAAUGGAGGAAUUCAAAAAUCCACUUUGAUAAUUCUUUUGCUGGCUUCAUUGCUCUUUUUCAAGUGGCAACAUUUGAAGGAUGGAUGGAAAUCAUGGCCGAUGCAGCUGACGUCACUGAGGUUGAUAAGCAGCCAAUACGUAACAAGAACCAUUUAGCUCCAUUGUACUUUGUCGUUUUCAUUGUAUUUGGAUCAUUUUUUGUGCUAAAUCUGUUUGUUGGCGUCACCGUCGAAAAUUUCAAUCGUUUAAAGAAACACUACGAGAGCGGCGCUGUGAAUCUCUUUCUGACCGACACGCAGAGAGCCUGGUACGAAACCCUGAAAAAAGCAGCGAAUAAGAAACCGCGAAAGGUGGAAAGGAGACCGGUGGAAUAUUGGCGCGGACGAAUGUUCGACGUGAUUAAAAGCUCCAAAUUUGAAUGGAUGAUAUUUGUUUUUAUUCUCCUCAACUUGAUUGUCUUGACGUUAAAACAUCAUGGACAGAGUGAAACCAUCACCAGCUUACUCAAAUACAGUAAUCUUGCUUUUACUGUCGUAUUCUUCCUCGAGGCCGCUCUCAGAAUUUUUGCCCAGCGUAUGGAGUAUUUCAAAGAUGCGUGGAAUGUUUUCGACUUCGCCAUCCUCACGUUCUCAGUUGCAGCACUAAUCAUGGAGGCAUUGAGUCAGUCCUUCAUCAUUACCCCCACUAUAUUCCGCGUCGCUCGUGUAUUUCGCGUUGGUCGGCUACUUCGCUUCUACACAAACAUGCGUGGAGUUCGGCGUCUUCUAAUUACCUUACUAAUAUCGUUACCAGCCCUCGUAAAUAUCGGCGCAUUGCUCUUCCUUAUUAUAUUUAUCUAUGCAAUCAUCGGAAUGUCAAUGUUUGCCCACGUGAAGCAUACGGGUGCCGUCGACGAUAUGGUAAACUUUGAGACUUUCGUCAACUCGAUACUGCUACUUUUUCGACUUUCUACCUCCGCUGGAUGGAAUGAUGUACUAGAACCGUUAAUGAUUCAACCACCCGACUGCGAUCUUUCUCACAAAGACCUUCCAAAUGGUAACUGUGGCCUUCCGUCCUUUGCAGUUUCCUAUUUUGUAUCGUUUGUUUUGAUUACAUCGUUAAUCAUCGUGAACAUGUACAUUGCAAUCAUUAUGGAGAAUCUACACGAAGCAUGCCGAGCGGAAAACACUGGCUUAACCGAGGAAGACCUGGAUAUGUUCUACAAAAAUUGGCAAAUCUAUGAUCCACGUGCCACCCAAUACAUCCCUCACAGCCAUCUCUCGGAUUUUGUGGAUUCAUUGGAUGAACCAAUGAGAAUUUCGAAGCCGAACAAAUAUGCUUGCAUAAAUUUACACAUACCUAUUCACCAGGGAGACAGGAUUCAUUGCGUUGACGUUAUACAAGCUCUUGUUCGCCGACUUCUUGGAGAUAUUGAACAUGAUGACGCAGAAAUGUUUAGUUACAUACAGACGAAAGUCGAGGAAGCUUUUCUUGCUGCCUUUCCUGACAGGGCAACGCAGCUAACUAGGACAACGACGUUCGAGCGUAAUCAAGAGAACUGCGCUGCCCAGAUCAUUCAAAAAGCCUGGCGCGGGAGAAUGAAAAGGAAUGAAGAUUCAAGGAAAAAAUCAUGUCCUUCAUAGAAAUUGAAAUUAAAGCGGAUUUUCAUGGAAUAUUGUUAAUCUUCUUUGUAAUUUAUGUUAAUGAUGUGUAAAUUAGUAAAACACUUAUCAUAACUGCUUUUGUGACACGCGUGGACCAAUAUUGACAAAGGAAUAUCGCAUGUACAACGAUUAUAAACCUAUGUAACGGCGCCAUAUAUACAUAAGAUACGCCAUUGAGUUCUAUUAAAUUAUAUGUAGGGGAAAAGA